CAGCUCUCUCCACCAGCGAACAAGUCCUUGUCUAUUCUUGUAUACUCUUACACGUCUCGACAGACUCUCCAGCGCCUUGUUGAAAACUUUUUUCUUCUUCGCCAUCACGCAAUGUCUGCUCUCCACGCUACGCCCUCAAAGCAGGCGGCUGCUGCAUUCAGCUCUCUCAAGAUGACCGACUCGCCCGCCAAGGAGCUCGACUUCUCAGACUCGGACAAGGAAAACGUCUUCAGGCCCAUUGUCGGCAUUCCCGAUGACUUCGACGCCAACGUCCAAGACGUCAAGCCCACGGUCGCGUCCACAAUCAGGGAGGAAGAGGCCCACGAGCCCCUCCUCCAGGAGAACCCCGGACGCUUUGUCCUCUUCCCCAUCAAGUACCACGAUGUCUGGCAAAUGUACAAGAAGGCCGAGGCUUCUUUCUGGACCGCCGAGGAGAUUGAUCUCUCCAAGGACCUCCACGACUGGAACAAGCGAUUGAACGACGACGAGCGCUUCUUCAUCUCGCACGUGCUCGCCUUCUUCGCCGCCUCGGACGGCAUCGUCAACGAGAACCUGGUCGAGCGCUUCUCGAGCGAAGUACAAAUCCCCGAGGCCCGCUGCUUCUACGGCUUCCAGAUCAUGAUGGAGAAUGUGCACUCGGAGACAUACUCUCUCCUCAUCGACACAUAUAUUAGCGAGCCCAGGCAACGCCAGUACCUGUUCAACGCCAUUGACAACAUUCCCUGCAUCCGCAAAAAGGCCGACUGGGCGCUGCGAUGGAUCACGGACAAGAACUCGACCUUUGCCAACCGCCUUGUCGCCUUUGCUGCUGUCGAGGGCAUCUUCUUCAGCGGAUCGUUCGCGUCCAUCUUCUGGCUCAAGAAGCGCGGCCUCAUGCCUGGCCUGACCUUCUCCAACGAGCUCAUCUCCCGUGACGAGGGCAUGCACACGGACUUUGCCUGCCUGCUCUUCUCUCUGCUCAACACGCGCCCCAGCAAGGAGUCGGUCGAGGCCAUCAUCACCGAGGCUGUUACGAUUGAGCAAGAGUUCCUCAGCGACGCUCUGCCCUGCGCUCUGCUCGGCAUGAACGCCAAGCUCAUGUGCCAGUACAUUGAGUUCGUCGCCGACCGUCUGCUGCUGGCGCUGGGCAACCCCAAGGUGUACCACGCCACCAACCCCUUCGACUUCAUGGAGAACAUUUCGCUUGCCGGCAAGACCAACUUCUUCGAGAAGCGCGUUGGCGACUACCAGAAGGCGGGCGUCAUGGCCAGCACAAAGAAGCACGAGCAGAAGGAGGGCUCGUCGUCGCCCGCACCCGAGCCCCAAGGCCAGUCUGGCGACUUCUGCUUCGACGAGGACUUUUAGAUGGCUCGCAGCCGUGUUUCGUUGCCAUUUUCCUUUCAUGUAGUCUCUUGUAUACCACCCUGGACGCUUUGGUCCUUGCAUUGUCGGAGUCGCUGAUACUCCGCGCACGUUGGCGUCAUGGCGUAGUUUUUCUUUUCUGUUUCUUUUUUGGGCACACCUCUUGGAUGAGUGAAGCGGCUGGUUAUGGACUUUGCACGCGACGGAUCAACGACCUAUAUUCCCCCCUGAAUAAUUACGAAUGCACCAUUUU